AUGGCGAAUGUACGAUACUCUGACUGGUCAUCUGAUCCAGCAUCGACCACACAAGGAAGUCAGUCAUCAGUCGAACGCAUUGUCUGGACUGAUAAUGAUGAUGAUGAUCGAAUUAAUCAAAAGAAGUCCUUUGCCUUGCAUUGGUGUUUCAGAUGCUGUAUUAUUGGAUCAUUACUAGCUGGAAUAGGUUUAGCUAUUGUACUCACAUUCUGGUUGACCUCAAAAACAGCAGCAACAGAAACAUUAGUUGUAGCAACAUCAUCAUUCGGCUCUACAAAUAGCUUAGCUGUAUCAACCUCAGUUGUUACUUCAUCAUCAUCAUUAGCAACAGUCUCGACAAUAACGACAACAUCAUCAGCAUCAACAUCAACGUCAUCGACAUCAUCAACAUCAUCAACAUCAACAACAUCAUCUACAUCAACAACGACAACAACACCAUCAUGUGGUAGUGUUAGCAAUCCUCCAGGACAAAUUUUGAAUUUGCCCUCUGCUUCUGCGCCGAGCACGUAUACACUUUACACGUAUGGUUUCAUGGCAAAUAAUUCUUUAGCUACUCUAUCAUUUAUAAUGGCGGGUGAUAGUGGAGGUGGUGGCAAUUUCCAUUGGCUAUUAGACCAAGUAUCUGUAAAUCAUACGAACGUAAACGCAGAGAUUCUAAUUAAUGGUGGAUUUGAAACGGGAGAUUUAAAUGGUUGGACACAGUAUUGUAACACGAAUGCCAAUUGUUUUUCAACUGGUUUUUAUGCCCAUACGGUAUCAAGUCCAUGUUAUGCAGGAACAUACUGUGUUUACGAUGGAUGUCGAAAUUUCGAUUAUCUAAUACAGUCGUUUUCUACUGUGAUUGGAGAUUAUUAUUCAAUAUCAUAUUAUCUCAGAAUCGGUAAUACUGGAGGAGCUGAGCAUAUUUAUGUCACAUUAACAUAA